CUUUUCUCUAUUUUUACCCUUUCUAACCACACACACGCUCUCUCUCUCUCUCUUUUUUUUUCUUCUUACCCACAAUCUUACUCUCCUUGACAGAAAACAACAACUCUCGAUAAUGUCGUCAUCAUCAUCAUCAUCCUGGGAGUCUUAUUUGACACCACAGGAAAUAAAUGCUUAUGCACAAUACUUUCGCGCAGCUAACCGUAGCCAGUCUGGCAUCGUCACUGGUCCCGAGGCAGUACAGUUCUUUGCUACUUCUGGCGUACCUAAUCAAAUCUUGUCUGAUAUUUGGGAGACGGCUGACCGUGACAAUAUAGGACACUUGACAGCCGAGACGUUUGCUGUGGCCUUGAAAUUGAUUGCCUGUGCUCAACAUGGCAAAGAAGUGACCGAGCCCGUACUUGCUACGUCGGUACCUUUGCCUCAAUUUGAAGGAUUUAAACUGGAUAAUAAUAAUGUUAAUAAUGCAACGACGGGUGGUGGUAGCAGUAGUGAUUCUCCUGCUGGUCCAGCAGACGGACCGGGCAUGAGAUUAACACCCGCUGAACGCGAAAAAUACAUUUCUAUCUUCCGUGUCCAUCAGCCUACGGAUGGUGUUCUGGACGCCACCAACGCCAAGAACAUCUUUAUGAAGUCAAAGCUACCCAAUGAGACAUUGGGGCAAAUAUGGUGCUUGGCAGACGUACGCCAAGCCGGUAAUUUGAACCAAGCCGAGUUUGCUAUUGCCAUGCACUAUAUUGCCAAACUUAUGGACGGUACACUGGCAACCUUACCGACACAACUGCCACCUUCUGUUUAUGCAACUGCCAAUGGUGACUCUAAUGCUGGUGUUGUGCAACCUUCGCCCCGACCGCCCGUUCUCCACCAUUCUCCUCAACCUCCUCCUGCUCAGGCAACAACACAACAACAACAACGAUCACAAACAAUUGAUUCACUAGGCACCAUGGCAUUUUCGGCUGCGGGUGGAACAACGACAGCAGCAGCAAUAGCACCAGAAACGACACGAUGGAAUGUGACACCGCAAGAAAAGGCACAAUUCGAUAUCUUUUUCGACAAAAUUGAUGGUCAAGAGAGUGGGUACGUGCAAGGCGCAGAGGCCGUAGAGUUUUUCAAAAACUCGCGUUUGCCUGAAGGUGAAUUGGCCCAUAUUUGGGAUUUGGCCGAUUCAAAGCAACAAGGACGAUUGACACGUGAUCAGUUUGCGGUGGCUAUGCAUUUGAUUCAUAAACGUUUACGAGGUGAAAUGUUACCAACGUCGUUGCCACAGUCGUUGAUGCCACCACCGACGAGCCCACAUCCUCCUCCCCAACAACAACAACAACAACAACAACAACAUGCUGGUAUCAGUAUGGCAGCUACUAGUAGUCCAGCUAUGAUGCAUAACACUCCUUUGCAACAGCAUCAACAAGUCCAAUCACCAGCUAUGACAGGUGGCUCUAAUAUCUUUGAUGAUCAAGACCUAUUGGGCGACUUUGGUAACAACGAUGACCAAUUCACGCAAGAUACGAACCAGGUGAACCAACUACAAAACCAAAUGGCCGCACUCAAGACGAGCACGGGCCAAAUACAUAAGCAACAUCUCGACACCAAGCAAACAUUAGAACAACUGGCCGAACAAAAGCGAACGUUGCAAGCCCUGUUUACACAAGUGCAAAUGCAACACGAGGCAGAACUUAAAGAAUUGAACGAACUUCAACAACAGCUAGAAAGUGAAAAGCCUGGGUUUGCGCAAGCACAACAAGAACAUGAUGCAGCACAGCAACAAUUGACGGCCACACAAGCAGAAAUUGCGCAGUUGCAACAUACGUUAGAGACAAAUCGUGCCGAGAGCGAACGACUUCGACAGAAUGUGCACACGACUCAGGAGGAAACGCAACGACUGGUGAAUGAGUUGAAUGCAUUACGGAAUCAAGUCAAACAACAGAAUAUGAUGUUGGAUAUCAAUCGUCGACAGGUUACUGCGUCGGAACAAGAUCGUGACCAAGCUAAGCGGGAUUUGGCUGAUUUUAAGGAAGAGCGUGGAUUGCCCGAGGAUUAUCAAAUUCCUGUGGAGCAAGACGAGGAACAAAACAAGGCGACAGAAGCAGUAUCGAGUCCAGCAGCAUCGUCCUUGGCUAGCAGCGGCAAUAACAACACCAAUUUCUUUGAUGUAUUCUCACCUAAAUCGGAAGACGCUGCCGCAACAACAGCAGCAGCAGCUGUCAAUUCUCCAGCAGCAGCAACACCGAAUGAUUUUGAUGCCAUUUUCGGUAACUUUGGUCAGUCAUCAUCGCCAGCAGCAUCGGAAAAGAAACCUCAACAAGACAGUCCAUUGAGUGUGUUCGAUCCUGUUGGUUGGGCUACUCCACCGGAAAAGGCAACAGAAUCAUCCAACAAUAACACGGCUAACACCAAAUCCUCACGCCCUGCUCCACCCCCGCCACCUCCCCAAAGCAGACACCAUCGCCAGACAUCCGAUAUCAGCCAUGCAUCCACGACCUCAACAACAAAGAAACCGCGAGCUCCUCCACCGCCACCACCAUCAUCUGCUGCUGCUGCCGUACUAGCAAACAAGCCAUCAUCACCCGCGUCGAACCAUGCACAGCAACAACCUAGCACCACAACGGUUCCUACAGACGACGACGCAUUUGACGGUGCCUUUUCUAGUACUACCGCUACUGGUGGAAACCCUAUGAAUGAAUCUCAAGUCGUGCAGAAAAAAGAUGAAUUCGACGAUGCAUUUGGCAUUUUCGGCGAUAACACCAGUAACAAGGAACAAGGAGCAGCAGCAGCGACAACAACAACAGGGGAACAAGAACAGAAAAACAAUGUUUCUGGGAACGAUUUGAAUUGGGCAUCCAGUUUUGGAGGUUUUGAAUUCGGUGCGGAGACAACUACGACGACUGGUAGCAAGGGGAACAAAGCAGAAGAAGAUGAUUGGGACUCUAUCUUUGGCGGCGGUUCAGCUGGCAAAGGAGCAGUAGCUAGUACACCUUUUGAAGCAUCAGGAGCAUCACCACUAGCCAAUAACACUCGGACUAUUGCUGCUGCGGAUCAGGAUGCAUUUGUGGGGUUCGAGGAUGCAUUCAGUAGCAGUUUUGAUACAACAGCAACCACGGCGCAAAAAAAGACAACACCAUCUAAAGAUGAAGGAUCAGCAGGCAAUAGCAGCAACGACAACAACAAUAAAAGGGAGGAGGAACAGCAACAACCGGCAGCAUCAUUAUCUCCACCAGGAGGUACUACUGGAAAUAGUAAUUUGGAUGAGUUGAUUAAGAUGGGAUUCGGACAAAAGGAAGCCAAGGAAGCAUUAGAGCGAUAUGAUCAAGAUUUGGUUAAAGCAAGUAACUUCUUACUGGAUCAAUCGUCCAAAUAAUAACAGCAAUAAAGCUUCGAUAUACACAAUCUCUCCUCUCUCUUUCUUUUUCUGUCCACAAAACAUAUACUUGUAAUAAGAACAAUAAUAAUUAAAGGAUAUGUAGAAGCAUGCAUUCACGUUUUGCUUAAUCCCCAC